UUCAGCUCGGGAACAGCCGGAGCGCUUUGGGCCUUCGCUUCUUAGGUCCUCCCACUUCUCUAAACGCUCCCGCGACUGCCUCGGUCGCUGGGGAAGGUAUUUACCAAUAAAGUUUUACUAUUUCAAAGCCGGGCGGAUUGGGCUGGGUCCAACCGCCUUCCGCGGGCAGUUCCUCUCGGCUCCUGGCUUCGAGCUUCCGGCCGUCAUGGCCAGGGGCCGCCGAGGCCGGGCGGGUUUGAGGCCGCCUUUCGCUGCCCACGCACUCGCGUGGCUCCUGGGGCCGCCGGCGUCCACCUCCGUCUGAGCGCAGCCCCUCGGCGCCCACGGGCCGCCUCGCGCCGGACCCCAUGGCGUCCGAGGCGCCGUCUCCUUCGUUGUCUCCAUCGCCACCCACCUCCCCUGAGCCGGAGCUGGCCCAGCUGAGGCGGAAGGUGGAGAAGUUGGAACGCGAGCUGCGGAGCUGCAAGCGGCAGGUGCGGGAGGUGGAGAAGCUUUUGCACCACACGGAGCGGCUGUACCAGAGCGCCGAGAGCAACAACCAGGAGCUCCGCACCCAGGUAGAAGAGCUCAGUAAAAUACUCUAUUGUGGGAGAAAGGAAGAUAAUAAGUCUGACGUAGAAGUACAAACAGAGAACCACCCUCCUUGGUCAAUCUCAGAUUAUUAUUAUCAGACAUACUAUAAGGAUCUUAGUCUUCCAAAUAAAGUGACAGAACUUUCAGUGCAGCAAGAUCAGGAUAUCGAAGCUUCUGCUUAUAAUUUUAAAGACCAGUCACAAAUAGAAAAUGAUGUGUAUGCUGGUACUGAUGUAACGGAAAAGGUUGAGUGUGAACAAGAGGACCAUUUUGCCUUAAAUUCACAGGAACCAGCAUCUGCAUUAGCAACAGAGGAUGCAUCCUUAGAAGGUUCAUCAUUAGCUGAAAGUUUGAGAGCUGCAGCAGAAGCUGCUGUAUCACAGACGGGAUUUAGUUAUGAUGAGAAUACUGGACUGUAUUUUGACCACAGCACUGGUUUCUAUUAUGAUUCUGAAAAUCAACUAUAUUAUGAUCCUUCCACUGGAAUUUAUUACUACUGUGAUGUGGAAAGUGGUCGAUAUCAAUUUCAUUCUCGAGUAGAUUUGCAACCUUAUCAGACUUCUGGCACAAAACAAAGUAAAGAUAAAAAGUUGAAGAAGAAAAGAAAGGAUCCAGAUUCUUCUACAGCAAAUGAGGAAAAGGAUUUGAAUUCAGAGGAUCAAAAAGCAUCCAGUGUUGAACAUAUAAACUGCAAUGAGGGAGAAGAUUGUGCACAUGUGAAAAAGAAGGCCAAAGUAGACAUUCAUUACAAAAAUAGUUCCCAUGAAUUCACUGUUCCAGUUAUUGGAAAGACUAUAGAAUUUCCUCUUAAUGACAACAUCUAUAAUUCGACUUCAUUUAAAGAUGAGAAAAUCAUAGAGACUGAUAGUGAGCCAGAAGAAGGUGAAAUUACAGACUCUCAGACUGAGGACAGUUAUGACGAAGACAUUACCAGUGAAGACAAUGUAACUGCAGAAGAUACUGAGGAUGAAGAUGAGGAAAAAAUUUGGCCCCCUUGUAUUAGAGUAAUUGUUAUUAGAUCACCAGUGUUGCAGACAGGAUCACUUUUUAUCAUUACAGCUGUAAACCCUGCUACCAUUGGAAGAGAAAAAGAUAUGGAGCAUACUCUCCGAAUCCCUGAAGUUGGUGUCAGUAAGUUUCAUGCAGAAAUUUAUUUUGACCAUGACUUACAAAGUUAUGUCCUUGUGGAUCAAGGCAGUCAAAAUGGUACAGUUGUUAAUGGAAAACAGAUUCUUCAGCCUAAAACUAAAUGUGAUCCUUAUGUACUUGAGCAUGGAGAUGAAGUGAAAAUUGGAGAGACUGUGUUGUCCUUUCACAUUCACCCUGGCAGUGAUACCUGUGAUGGCUGCGAACCAGGGCAGGUUAGAGCUCACCUUCGUCUUGAUAAAGAUGAAUCUUUUGUUGGUCCAACACUAAGCAAGGAAGAGAAAGAGUUGGAAAGGAGAAAAGAGUUAAAGAAAAUACGAGUAAAAUAUGGUUUACGGAAUACAGAUUAUGAAGAUGAAAAGGCAUUGAAGAAUCCAAAAUAUAAAGAUAGAGCAGGGAAACGGAGGAAGCAGAUUGGAAGUGAAGGAACUUUCCAAAGAGAUGAUGCUCCUGCAUCUGUUCAUUCUGAAAUUACUGAUAGCAACAAAGGUCGGAAGAUGUUGGAAAAGAUGGGUUGGAAAAAAGGAGAGGGCCUGGGGAAGGAUGGUGGAGGAAUGAAAACUCCGAUUCAGCUUCAGCUUCGACGAACACAUGCAGGCUUGGGGACAGGUAAGCCAUCCUCAAUUGAAGAUGUUCACCUUCUCCAAAACAAGAGCAAGAAGAACUGGGAGAAAGCACGAGAGAGGUUUGCUGAAAACUUCCCAGAAACUAAGCCUCAAAAAGACGCACCAGGGACUGUUCCUUGGGUCAAAGGGACUGUAGAGUGAAGGUCAGUCCUAGAACACAAUUCAAGCUUUUUAACAGAGAAUCUGGAACUUUUCCCUCCAAAAGAGCCAGUGGCAUGAGGGAACCUGUAUCACAAUUUACCCCCUCAUGAUUCAAAUAUGUAUAAUAAAGUGUGGUUUGCAGCUUUUAAAAAACAUUUUUUAAAAACUAGUAAGUAGUGAAUGUAUCAAGUUAUUUGAUGGGUGGAUUAAAGUUCACAGGGCAUGGAUGAGCUUAUCAAACUUUGUUAUUUUAUCUUGUCAUUUAUAAGACCUACAUAAGUAACUAGCCAUAUCAGCAAAAAAUUCAUAUCCCCACUAAUGAUUUAAAUGUACAUUUGUCUUUGUCUCCAUAUGUUCAUUAUGUUGAGAAAACAUGGGUAGAGGUGCAUAAAUUUUAUUUUCCUUGAAAUAAUGUUAAGUAAUAGUAUUGAAGAACUAACGAACAGGUGACACGUAGAAAAUUAGUCUUUCAUUGUUUUCUUCUGUGAAGAAUCUGUUGAUUUGUACUAUAUAUUAAGCAUUUACAUUGGUUUGUUUCAUAGAUUAAAUAUUUAGAUAUGAACAAUUGAGUACAGUAUUGAAAUAUUCAUUGUACUGGCAUUUGUAGUUUUGAUAAAUCCCAUUGCUGGCAAUGGAGUUUUGCCAGAUAAAUCUAAUUUCUACUGCCAACAGAUUAUCUAGCCAAGGCCUCAAACUCAAGUAUUUAUUGAAAAUGUUCUCAAAUGCAAUAAACACAUUGUAACAUCA